GUCUACACCGAAGUUCCCAAGACUGCCAUUCACCUUGUCGGCACCAAUGACUGGCAGACUGACUUGGCCAAGAAUGGCUAUGCUGUUGUGAAGGGAGCUGUCCCCAAGGAACGUGCCGAGGACUACGCAAACCGUAUGCACCAGUACUUGGAAGACUUUGGUCUUGGAUACGACCGCAACGACCGUAGCACCUGGAAGUCAGAGCACCUCCCCGAAAUCAACAACAAGGGCAUGUGCCUCGAUUACGCCGUCACGCACGAAGACUUUGUCUGGGAGAUCCGCUCUGAGCCUGGUGUUCUGGAUGUCUUCGAGACCGUUCUCAACACUCAGGAUUUGAUUGUGUCAUUCGACGCAGUGAACUUUGGUCUUGCCGGCCGAACGGAUUUGCCUGCGAACAACCCUUGGCCUCAUCAAGAUCAGGACCCUACAAAGAAUGGAUUCAGAUGUCUUCAAGGCUUGGUCAACCUCUUGCCCAACGGCGCAGAUGAUGGUGGCUUGAUCGUUUGCUCAGGAGCACAUCUGUUGAGCGAGAAGUUUCACAAAGAGAUGCGAUGGUAUACCGAGCAGGGAAAGAACAUUCCAGCAUGGAACCCAGAGUGGUAUGGCUUCACAAACGAAGGCAUGAAGUGGCUAGAGAAGGAGGGUUGCACUUGGACAAAGGUCUGCGCCGAACCCGGUGACCUUCUUCUCUGGGAUUCACGUACCNCCCACUACAACCUAUCAUCGACCACCGAGCAGAGUAGAUUCUGCGUCUACACUUGCUACAUGCCUGUCACAGAUGCCACUGAGGAGGAGUUGCAAAGGAAGAAGGUCGCCUUCGAGGGCUGGUUUGGUACCACCCAUUGUAAGUUAUAUCUUUGGGCACCUCCCAAUGACACCACAACUAACAGAAGCUCCAGGGNNCCCAAUUGUAAAGUGAUGGGAAGAAACAAGGCAACAAGGAAUGGUGAGCUAGAUCCUCACAACCGGACUGAGCCGGUCAAAAAGCCACAGCUGUCGGAGCGUGUCUACAAGUUGACGGGUAUUCCCUACAUCAAAGCAGAGGCC